AUGUCCUUAGACACAGAGUUCAGAGAAUUCAGACUGGAGAACGUUCAGGCCAAUCAGAGCGGUGCCUACAGCUGCCGGGCCUAUAACAGUAAAACCCUUAGGUCUGAAACAUCAUCACCAUCAACAAUCACUGUGCUUGAGAGAAUAUCUGCUGCUGCCAUUACAAUCACUGGGGACAACCUGAUAGCAGGUAAUAGUUCUGUUAACUUAACCUGCGAUGCACAGGGCACCAUCAUCACCAGAGAGUGGAGAAAGGAUGGCAAUCCUCUGCAAGGAGUUAACAUCGAUGAGCUCAACCGAACAGUUUCCAUCAGCCCAGUAAAGAAAGAAGACAAUGGAGUUUACACAUGUCAAGUCAGCAACCCUUUCAGCUCUGAGACAGUCUCUAUAGGACUGAUUGUGAACUACGGACCAGAGAAAGUAAACAUCAUGGGAGAAGGAGCCAUAGAGAUUGGUCGUCUAGUUCAUUUGACCUGUACUGCUGAGUCCGUCCCUGAGAGCACCUACACAUGGGCAUUUAAUGGGACAGAAACAAGUGUGACUGGAGCUUCAUACAUCAAAGAGCUGAGUGAAUAUGAAGACAGUGGAACCUACACCUGCACUGCUCUGAACAGCAUUACCAGACACACAGUUGAUGCAGUUUUUGAACUGUCUGUCAAAGAGAAGGGGCAACCUGGAUUGCCAAUAGGGACCAUUAUAGGCAUAAUUGCAGCAGUUCUUUUCAUUGUUGUGGCAGUGGUUGGCAUUUCAGUAUUUCUGUUGAAAAAGAGAAGGAGUUUGCCUGGAGACCCUACAAGAAGAGAUAUGGCAGUCUAUGAAAUACCUUUUACCAAAAAGGACAACCAUACCUACGCAAAUACUAUGAGAAACCCAGAACUACUGGGUGGACCUGCUCAGGUGACACCUAAUUCAGCUGGUAGAAAUCCUCAGCAGGCACUCAGAUCAUGCAGCAGAAAAGGUGGUGACUCAACAUCAAGCAUCAACCAACAUCAAGCAGGCUUGGAUGGUCAUGUGUAUGACACCCCUCUCCCUGCCCACUCAUUUCAUUCUACAGUGAGUACACAAAUGCCUUGCACUUUUGAAAUCAGUUUGUUUUCCUUCUACUGUGAGUACACAAAUGCCUUGCACUUUGAAAUCAGUUUGUUUUCAUUCUACAGUGAGUACACGAAUGACUUGCACUUUUGAAAUCAGUUUGUUUUC